AUGCUGCGAGUGAAAAACGUGUUCUGCAGGUACAGGAGUAGGGGGCGGUUCUCGGAGGCUCCCUGCAGCGCGGUCGGCACACUUAACCAUGUCCGCUCAAUUAGCAGCGUUGCCGCUAUUAGCGGCGUUAACAAGAGUGACCCGGUUGGCAGGGCGAGCGGGGUGCGCCGCAUGAGCAGCGGCGAGCAGCUGGCGGCAGACGUGUACGACACGGUGGUCAUAGGGGGGGGCGUGACUGGAACAGCCCUGCUCUUUCUCCUGUCCAAAUUUACCAGCCUGAAAAAGCUAGCCAUCUUAGAAAGGAGAACCGACUUCGCCCUGGUGGCUUCGCAUGGGAAGAAUAACAGCCAGACAAUACACUGUGGCGAUAUAGAAACAAAUUAUUCGUUCGAAAAGGCAAAGUUUAUAAAGCGGUAUGCAGAUCUGUUACGAAAUUAUUUGUGUCAUUUGCCAGCAGAAAAGAGAGAGGACAUUGCAAGUGUGACACAAAAAAUGGUCCUCGGGGUAGGGGAAAAGGAAUGUGAUUUCUUAGAACAAAGAUACCCCAUAUUUAAUAAACUCUUCAAAUCUAUGAAGCUCUAUAAUAAAAAUGAAAUAUAUAAUGUGGAGCCCCGAGUGGCUUUAAAAAAUGAAAAGACACUUCGACCUGAAGCAUUAGCAGCUUUAUACAUGCCCCCAGAAUUAACGACCUGUGAUUACCAGAAGCUUUCUAGGAGUUUUGUUGAAUCUGCUAGAACAAUGAACAAUGUGGACUCGAAGAAAAUCUCCAUCAACCUUAAUACUGAAGUGAUAAACAUUGAAGAAGCAAACGAAUCAUUAUACAUAAUACAUACGAAUAAAGGAAUGGUUAAAGCAAGAUUUGUCGUUGUGUGUGCUUGUGGACACUCCCUCAUGAUUGCUCAAAAAAUGAAUUACGGGUUAGAGUACAGUUGUCUUCCGGUGGCAGGAAGUUUUUACUUUUCAGGUAAUAUUCUUAAUGGAAAAGUUUAUACUAUACAAAAUCCAGCUCUUCCAUUUGCAGCUGUUCAUGGUGACCCUGAUAUUAUUGAAAAAGGGAAGACUCGCUUUGGUCCUACUGCCCUGCCACUACCAUUAUUAGAACGAGAUAAUAUGAACACCUUACUCGAUUUUUUAAAAGUAUGGAACCCUGACUUUAGUCUCUUCCAUGUAUAUUUUAAUCUCUUCAAGGAUCCCACCAUGUUGAAAUAUGUGUGUAGAAAUUUCCUUUUUGAAAUUCCUAUUCUGAACAAAUAUUUAUUUUUGAAGGACGUGAGAAAAAUCAUUCCUUCCCUCACCACUCGAGAUCUUUCAUAUUGUGUUGGCUAUGGAGGAGUCAGACCACAACUCAUAAAUAAGGUCAGUAAGAAACUUAUCCUGGGAGAGGGAAAAAUUGAUUCGGGAAAAAAUAUUAUUUUUAAUAUUACCCCCUCCCCUGGGGCCACCACCUGCUUGGGAAACGGAGAAUUUGACAUGAACACAAUUUGUGAGCGCCUCAAUGCCACUGUGGACAAGACUGCCGUGAAGAAGUUCCUCUACCAGGGGGAAUAUCCCGUCGAUUAUUUGUAG